GGCAGCUACUGAAGCUAACACGGAUAACGCACUCAGAUUAGUGCAGACUCCCAACAGAGUCGACCUCUGUUCCAGAGUCAACACAACGUGCUUGGAAAAGGAAUAAAAGACUCAUUGAGAGCUUCAAGCAAGAUGGGUAAUCAGGAAUCUCAGGUUGAGCCUGCCAAUGCAAAGCUGCAAAAUGGAGCAGCAAAUGGCCAUGCAAACAUUCCAUCUGAAGACACGGGUGAAACUGUUCCCUCUGAAGCAGCAAGUAACAAGCUACAACAAAGCGGUGAGCUCCCCUGCCUCUCCACGAAGGAGGCCAGCCCCCCAUCAGUCAAUGAGGUGGAUGGCGGCAGGGACAUCACCAAGGGCACCCCACCAGCUCCCAAGAGCGACGUGCUGCUGUCAUUGUCAUUGUCACCCAGUACCGAUGCCCCCAAGGAACCAUCAGACCCCCCGGUCAGCAUCGAGGUCUCUGUUAAAGAAGAGGCCAGCCUCCAGUUUCUUAAAUCCGCACCGGAAACACCAACUGAGUCUGACUCCACCCCCAAGGAGGAGGAGAAGGUGGAGAAAAAGGGCUUUUUUAAAAAUGUUUUUAAGAAGAAAAACAAAAAUGAAAUUGAGGACGAGAACAAGCCAACUGUGGUGGAGUGCGACAGUCCACCUGAAGAUCAGGCCCCUUCAAUAGAGGCUGAGGUUCUGACCAAUGGCGUUCAUUCUGAACCCUCAGACCCCCCUGUCAGCAUCGAGGUCUCUGUUAAAGAAGAGGCCAGCCUCCAGUUUCUUAAAUCCGCACCAGAAACACCAACUGAGUCUGACUCCACCCCCAAGGAGGAGGAGAAGGUGGAGAAAAAGGGCUUUUUUAAAAAUGUUUUUAAGAAGAAAAACAAAAAUGAAAUUGAGGACGAGAACAAGCCAACUGUGGUGGAGUGCGACAGUCCACCUGAAGAUCAGGCCCCUUCUAUAGAGGCUGAGGUUCUGACCAAUGGCGUUCAUUCUGAACCAUCAGACCCCCCUGUCAGCAUCGAGGUCUCUGUUAAAGAAGAGGCCAGCCUCCAGUUUCUUAAAUCCGCACCAGAAACACCAACUGAAUCUGACUCCACCCCCAAGGAGGAGGAGAAGGUGGAGAAAGGGGGCUUCUUUAAAAAUGUUUUUAAGAAGAAAAACAAAAAUGAAAUUGAGGACGAGAACAAGCCAACUGUGAUGGAGUGCGACAGUCCACCUGAAGAUCAGGCCCCUUCUAUAGAGGCUGAGGUUCUGACCAAUGGCGUUCAUUCUGAACCCUCAGACCCCCCUGUCAGCAUCGAGGUCUCUGUUAAAGAAGAGGCCAGCCUCCAGUUUCUUAAAUCCGCACCAGAAACACCAACUGAGUCUGACUCCACCCCCAAGGAGGAGGAGAAGGUGGAGAAAAAGGGCUUUUUUAAAAAUGUUUUUAAGAAGAAAAACAAAAAUGAAAUUGAGGACGAGAACAAGCCAACUGUGGUGGAGUGCGACAGUCCACCUGAAGAUCAGGCCCCUUCUAUAGAGGCUGAGGUUCUGACCAAUGGCGUUCAUUCUGAACCAUCAGACCCCCCUGUCAGCAUCGAGGUCUCUGUUAAAGAAGAGGCCAGCCUCCAGUUUCUUAAAUCCGCACCAGAAACACCAACUGAAUCUGACUCCACCCCCAAGGAGGAGGAGAAGGUGGAGAAAGGGGGCUUCUUUAAAAAUGUUUUUAAGAAGAAAAACAAAAAUGAAAUUGAGGACGAGAACAAGCCAACUGUGAUGGAGUGCGACAGUCCACCUGAAGAUCAGGCCCCUUCUAUAGAGGCUGAGGUUCUGACCAAUGGCGUUCAUUCUGAACCCUCAGACCCCCCUGUCAGCAUCGAGGUCUCUGUUAAAGAAGAGGCCAGCCUCCAGUUUCUUAAAUCCGCACCAGAAACACCAACUGAGUCUGACUCCACCCCCAAGGAGGAGGAGAAGGUGGAGAAAAAGGGCUUUUUUAAAAAUGUUUUUAAGAAGAAAAACAAAAAUGAAAUUGAGGACGAGAACAAGCCAACUGUGGUGGAGUGCGACAGUCCACCUGAAGAUCAGGCCCCUUCAAUAGAGGCUGAGGUUCUGACCAAUGGCGUUCAUUCUGAACCAUCAGACCCCCCGGUCAGCAUCGAGGUCUCUGUUAAAGAAGAGGCCAGCCUCCAGUUUCUUAAAUCCGCACCAGAAACACCAACUGAAUCUGACUCCACCCCCAAGGAGGAGGAGAAGGUGGAGAAAGGGGGCUUCUUUAAAAAUGUUUUUAAGAAGAAAAACAAAAAUGAAAUUGAGGACGAGAACAAGCCAACUGUGGUGGAGUUCGACAGUCCACCUGAAGAUCAGGCCCCUUCUAUAGAGGCUGAGGUUCUGACCAAUGGCAUUCAUUCUGAACCGUCAGACCCACCUGUCAGCAUCGAGGUCUCUGUUAAAGAAGAGGCCAGCCUCCAGUUUCUUAAAUCCGCACCAGAAACACCAACUGAAUCUGACUCCACCCCCAAGGAGGAGGAGAAGGUGGAGAAAAAUAGCUUCUUUAAAAAUGUUUUUAAGAAGAAAAACAAAAAUGAAAUUGAGGAUGAGAACAAGCCAACUGUGGUGGAGUGCGACAGUCCACCUGAAGAUCAGGCUCCUUCUAUAGAGGCUGAGGUUCUGGCCAAUGGCAUUCAUUCUGAACCCUCAGACCCCCCGGUCAUCGAGGUCUCUGUUAAAGAAGAGGUCAGCCUCCAGUUUCUUAAAUCCGUGCCGGAAACACCAACUGAAUCUGACUCCACCCCCAAGGAGGAGGAGAAGGUGGAGAAAAAUAGCUUCUUUAAAAAUGUUUUUAAGAAGAAAAACAAAAAUGAAAUUGAGGAUGAGAACAAGCCAACUGUGGUGGAGUGCGACAGUCCACCUGAAGAUCAGGCCCCUUCAAUAGAGGCUGAGGUUCUGGCCAAUGGCGUUCAUUCUGAACCCUCAGACCCCCCGGUCAGCAUCGAGGUCUCUGUUAAAGAAGAGGCCAGCCUCCAGUUUCUUAAAUCCGUACCAGAAACACCAACUGAGUCUGACUCCACCCCCAAGGAGGAGGAGAAGGUGGAGAAAGGGGGCUUCUUUAAAAAUGUUUUUAAGAAGAAAAACAAAAAUGAAAUUGAGGAUGAGAACAAGCCAACUGUGGUGGAGUGCGACAGUCCACCUGAAGAUCAGGAACCUUCUAUAGAGGCUGAGAUUGUGACCAAUGAUGUUCACUCUGAACCGUCAGACCCACCUGUCAGCAUCGAUGUCUCUGUUGAAGAGGAAGCCAGCCUCCAUCUUCUUAAUUCCGUACUGGAAACAGCAACUGUAUCUGACUCCACCCCCAAGGAGGAGGAGAAGGUGGGGAAGAGGGGCUUCUUUAAGAAAGUUUUUAAGAAGAAAAACAAACAUGGAAUUGAGAAUGAACCAACUGUGGAGUGCAACAGUCCACCUGACGAUCAGGACCCUUCUAUAGAGGCUGAGGUUCUGACCAAUGGUGUUCAUUCUGAGCCCUGCGACGUAGACGGGACCACCACUGUGGGGACGGCUUCAGAAGGUCAGCUUCCUAACGGCACCCCAGCUGGAGGUGAAGCCCUCAAAGUCAGCGGUGAAACGGUUCACCAGGUGGACACUGAAGAGCAGGACAGUGGGGCAGAGGACAGUCCAGUGAUGAACUUUUUCAAAACUCUCGUGACCCCCAGUAAAGCUCCCAAAGAUGAGGGAGCCCCUCCCGCAAUCCCUGUGGAAGAGGUGAAAGUCAGCGAAGAGCCAGAACCGAAGACUCGAGGCGAGACAAGCCCUGUUAGCCCAGCUGCCAGCCCAUCGAUGGCAGAGCCCAAAGCUCCGGCUACUGUGAAAAUAUCUGUGGUCAGUCCAUUCAGCAAGCUCUUCAAAUCAAAGCAGUCCUCGAAGGGUGCCCAACCAGAAACCACAACAAAAGAAGUGGAUGCGUCAAUGGCCACCAAAGCCCCAAAACCUCCACCACCUCCCCCACCACCUGAGCCACCUAAACUGGAGGUGAAAGUGGACUUGGAAGCAAAAGCCUUGAACAGUGCUCAAAAAGAAGCACCCAAAGAUGCAGUGAAGGAGCCUGAAGCUGCCAGCAAGCAGAAGCCUGCCAAAGGCAGUCCCUUCCUCAAGCUGUUCCAUCCAAAGGAGGAGGAGAAACAGGACGAGGAGCCACAGCCAGUUGAGGAGGAGGUAACUGAGAUGGAUUCAAAGGCGAAAGCUGCAGAUGUCCAAAUUACCCCAGGUCAAUCUCCAAAAUCAGAGAAGAAAUCAGGAAAGUCCAAUCUCCUCUUCCGCUUGAAACCUUUGAGCCUGCAAGUCCCGGCGGUCCCGGUGUGUAGCCACAGCGUUCCGGCCAGUUCUGCAACCGCGACCCCCGACACCAAAGCGAAGGAAGCCACAUCGGUAGUCGUGCCCACCGUCACCACGGUUACCACCCAGGCCAUUGUGGUGGAACCCAGGCCUGCCGCAGAGGCCGAGAAGAUGAGGAUCGUGAGGCAGGAAGCUGCCCCCGCGGACGGGAAGUCUGUCUCCGGGGCGUCGCAGUCAGGAGAGGACGGCACCUCCAGCCUCACUAGGAAGUUGGAGAAAAGGAACUCCAUCCACAUGUUCUUCAAAAGCCUGGCUCCAAAGCGGCAGUCUGAGGCCGGAGUUCAGACCGACCCCGUGACCAUAACUUACCCGGCCAAAUAACAACACCCCCAAAUCAGGAGCUCCCGAGUGCCUACUUUCUUCUUCCAGGGAAAAACAGACAGCAAAUGUAUAUUUAUAUUGAAAACAGGUUUCCUUUUUUCGUUGUAUAGGAGGAUGGAUGUGGAGGGUUUGUGAGGUUAAAAGCAAGUCAUUGUGACUGUUCGUGUGGGGACUGUUGUUUCACAUGGGGUGGAGAAAGGGGAGGAGCCAGGAGACAAAGAGCUCAUUAGAAGGUUGCCUCGAUGUGGAAGUGAAAAGUAUUUUUGAUUGGGAGUCAGGUUGAUAUCUGAUGCAGGGAAAAGACAGGAGAGAUGUUAUUGAUCCAUUUGAAGGGACUGUAGUGUUUUAAGUAUCACCUAUUCUUUUAUACACAGGAUUCACUUUAAUAAUGCUAAACUUUAAGCGUAUUUAUCUAUUCUUUGUGGUCUAAUAUGACUUAUUUUGUCUGGUUGUUGUUGUUUUUUUCUUUUUCAUUUGUUAAAGAAAAGUCUCCCCUGAAGCACUAAAACUUUAUUGAAAUAGUGUUCAGCCAGCCUGCUCAUUGAAGCAAACAAAAUACAUUGAUGCUGCACAUGUGAGAGGAGGUUUACUGUUGAAGCCCUGUGCACCCUGCCACAUAAUUAGCAGAAUCUCCGGAGCAGAGAUCUGUGUGUUCAGCCUGGUUAUAAUCUCAUAAUUCCAAAAUUCAAUCUAGGUGUUACAGAAGUGGAUAGGUCCAGUAAGGCAUAAACAAAAUGCCCUCAUUGGUUUAACUCCAGAUAACACAUUUAGGCAUUCUGUUUUUACAACUAGUAAAUCACAUUAUCAGUUUGGACUGAGCUAAGAUUAACCGGAUAUGAUGUACAGACACACAAAGGAAUGUUACACUUACUUAAUUUUUUUGAAGACUUGUUUUUUUCCCUUUUUUUUUCUUUCAUUAAAAAAUGACUGAGGCAAUACAGAAACAAUUUGCAUCACAGACAUCCCAAAAGCCAAAUUCAGGAAUGGAUGUCAUAUCACAUGAAAAAAAUUAGAGUUCUUUAAUAUAAGUACUUCCUCCACUGAUCAGCAGCUCACUAUUGACAAUAAACUGUGAACACAAGUUAUCACCAAAUAGCACCAAAUAUCACCAAAAAUAAAUUCUCUCUUCCUCUCGAAUGAAGACAAUGUCUGAAUUUGAGGGUGCUGUUAUAUAACCAGGGUGUUUAUGGGCCAGGGGAGACACUGUCUUUUGAGACCAACUUUUAAUGAUUUCUAAAGUUUCAUUACAUAUUUAUUUGAAAGGACACUUAAUAUAUCCGUAAUUAUUUUAACACAUGCUCUUGUAAAAGCAUGUUUAUAUCAGCCAGGUUUGCAAUUAUUCCUUAUCUCUUUAACGUCAAGGGCAUUUUCAUAGGCCUCAAUGGUGGCCUUCAACCUUCAUUAUUCUGCAUGCCAUUUUUUAUGUAAACCUUGUAAAUCUGAAGAUGAAUUUCAUGUUCUGAAGAAACCUAAUUGAAAACAUAUGGGGUAAUUCUGUCUGAUGAAGUCUGUAGUGAAGAAUAGCCAAUUAACUAAUUGAGGUAAACCAAUUAUCCUGUGGGGUCUCUGUACAUAUGCUAUGCAGUUUAGGAAUAUGUAGAAGAAAAUCUAAGUGUAAUUUAUCCAUGAAAAUGAACUGGCAACAAAUGCCCUAAACUGCAAAUCUGUCCUUUCUCGUGCAGCAACUGAUUCAAAAGAUAUUAAAGCUGUAUAGUUAAAUGCUUUUAGGCAGAUUGCUCUGUCAUACAAACUGUAUACAGAGCAAAGCUUCAUACAGUUGGUGUCCUUGUCUACAUGUUGAAUUCAUAAUAUAUAUUCUGGUAUUAAUUCAUACACAUUAUGAUGCAUAUUAUUCCAAAUAAAGCCCUUGACAAGCGGAUAAUUA